AUGACACUGGAACCGAGACUCAAAUACACGCUUGGGUUCAUCUACUGUAAGGAAAACAACAAAGUUCUUCUAUUAAAUAGAACCAAGGCUCCAUGGAUGGGUAAAUGGAAUGGAGUUGGUGGUAAACUCGAACCUUUAGAAACCCCCCUAGAAUGCAUCCAAAGAGAAACCCUUGAAGAAACAGGCUUGUCAAUUUCAAAUUAUCAAGGAAGAGGUGUACUUACAUGGGAUGUUACUAAUGGUGAUUCCACUGAGAUUGGUGGACUUUAUCUCUUUACGGCUGAAGUGACACUUGAACAAUACCAUGAAUAUAAAACACCAUUGAUUUUCAGUAGGGAAGGAAUAUUAGAUUGGAAGGAUUGGGCUUGGGCAAUACACGAAGACAAUCUUGGUAUUGUUGAUAAUAUAAAACUAUUAUUCAAAUCAUUGUUAAGUUCUAAAGAGGAUGAUUUAUAUACCGUGAAAUAUGUUGAUCAUAGUUUGGUAAGUUGGGUACAUUUUCCUGGUCGAAACUUGAAAUACCCCUUUUAG